AUGGCCGAGUUCAACUCCGUCCUGCUAGAUGGAGGUGCUAAUUUGUACUGGUCAUUAUUGCUCACAUGGAUUUUGACCGUUUGUGUCACCAUAUUUUCCCUAUUCUACAUGCACCGAAUUGUUGCCUUUAUCAUAACUAAGGUACUAUAUUUCACCCUGUGGAAACGCCAUAAGGUUCAUGUGAGCGUUCAUUCUUUUAAGAUAAGCGUCUUGGGCGGGAGAGUAUUCUUCAAGAAUCUUACAAUUAUCAACAAAGAUUUCACAAUAUCAAUUCUCCAUGGUACGUUGACGUGGAGAUACUGGCUACUGAAUACACGAGAGCCUGCCUUCAUGAACGAUACACCGGAAAACGCAAAGCUGCCCUGUAGAUUUUUACUUCAACUUUACGGAUUUGAAAUAUUCAUGUAUAAUAGAACCGCAGCGUACGAUGAGAUACUAAGGCAGUUGAAAUUGGAUCGAAAUCAAGCACGAGGCCAAACACAAAACAAAGAACAAGAUUCAGAACCUAGCUUGGAAAAACUGUCAGAUUCCAUACAUUCACUUUCAUCUCAAUCCGAUAACAGAGCUGAUGAAUGUGUUCCCCCCAAAUGGUUCAAAGUUCUUCCAGUAGGAAUACUUUUCCAUAAAUGCUGUGUUGUAGUUGGUAAUGAUACUGUUGAAUCAGUUUUAACGAUGACAUCGGAUAAUACAGAAGGUUCGUUGGACCUAAUGAGACCCUCCUGCAGGCUGGACCUGGCUCAAUUCAACAUCAACCUCAAAAACUCUAACGUCAAAGUGCAUUUUACUCCUAACUUGGCUUAUCAAAAAAAUGACUCUUCCUCAACGAAUCCUGACAACUUGCUCACCAAAAGAAGAAAACUGAUACAAGCAUUACUUGGACUGGCGUCCAAACUAGUUCCAAAGGCAAAAUCACAUAAGUUAGAGAGAGCCAUGACUUUAGACUAUUUUGUUCGCCAAUGGAAUGGGUUGUCGAGAUAUGCAGCAUUCGACGAUGAACUUGGUGAUACUAUGUUUUCUUCUUUGAAUGAAGAAUACGCCAGAUACUCCAAUAUUGUUUCAGCCGAUUCUCUGGAUGUGGUUUAUUUUUUUGAUAUUCCUGGCAGAGUCCCGGUAGAACCUGAUAUGUCAACAGGAGAUAGCAUAACGCCCAAUAUUGGGAAUAACGGGCCACCCCCUCUCUCUGGACUUAGUAUUUCAUCUUCAAAUGCGCUAAUUCAUUAUGGUCCAUGGGCUGAUAGACAGCGGUACUCUCUGCAACAGAUGGUGUUCCCAUAUCUCUGUAGGGAUCAUGCUCCAAUCGAGAAACUGAAGCCUGGAGAUAUACGCAAAUAUACUGACUUCAAGAUAACCUUUGAAGUUGAAGAUACUCUGACGUUGAGAGUUCCUUUUAAGGAGUCCAGUAAGAACGCUUCAUUCUUACAAUCUUUGAAGGAUAGGUUUGGUGAAGAUGUAAAUCUUGAAACUAUAAACACCAAAAGACCAUUUGCUUGGUUAGAAUUGAAGACAAAUAAGAAGUCGAAUGUUUCAAUCAGUUCAGGCUCUGUUCCCCUGGAAGAUGGCUGGAAAAAUUUGGUCAAUAUUUAUUUGAAAGACAUAGAGGUAAGAACCAGUAUUAAUCAUAACGUUCUUAUCAAAGCUACAGAACAUGUAGUGUUUAUUGAUAUGUCAGCCCCUUUGGCUUGGAAUGGGUAUACAAACUGGACUGCUGAUUUGAAAUCGAAAGAUGCCGAUUUUUUUCUUUUAAGAGAGCACGUUACUUUGAUGUUGGACUUGUUUGACGAUUUUGGUUCAGGCAACCCUACCCCAUACGAAAUGUUCAAACCAUUUCAUUACUACAUAAACUGGACCAUAGACAACUACAAGCUGUACCUGAACAUCAAUGACUCCAAUAUCAUUAAUAACUCGGUUGAUCUAAAUGAUAACACAUUUGUUUGCAUAAGCGGUGCUUCGACUACGUGCAACAUAAGUAUACCUUUGGAGACUAUUGUGAGAAAGCACAAUACUGUUUCAUACAAAAUUCGAACAGAUAUGUUUCAUAUGUCCUUGUCUCUUCCCCCAUGGCACACCCUUUCCUCAUUCUGCGACAAUAAAGAAGUAGGCAGGGCAGUGAAUUUUGAACUAGAAGGCGAGUACACUUAUUAUUCUGUCUUGGAUAUUAAUGCUGUUGAUACUGUUAUUAUAAAAUGUACUUCAGAAGACACCACUCUACAGACAUAUGGAUGGAUAAUCCGUUACAUCAUGAUUAUUAAGGAGAACUAUUUCGGGGAAAACAUUCACUUCAAAACACUGGACGAAUUUCACCAGGCGAAGGCUAAUGAAAACAUGGGCACGGGCAAUGAAACCAACAUAUAUUCACGCACGAGUGAUGACCUCUCUACUAUAAACAGGUCUAAGAGUUUUUCACUUUACAGCAAAUUAUUUGAAAGCUCGUCAAAUGUUCCCAAGCCCGAAGAUGACGAUUCUAUUGAUAGACAGACAGAUGAUUCAUCUAUAGAUACGGAACUCAGUUCUGAUACCGUUUCCGAUACAGAUUCGAAGAAUAAUAAGCAUUCAAUGGUAUUACCUAGGACCACCAACGAAACGGAUAUUCUGUUUUCAUUCUGUGUCAAGAAUGGAACCAUAGUUCUUCCAGAAAAUAUUUACAAAUGCAAUGAAUCUCAUGUUGCCUUAAACUUUGACUCUCUUGACAUUGACAUUCGAUUCACAAAUUACUACAUGGAUUUGCAAGCAAAUUUAUCUCCUGCUAAAGGAUUCGAAGUGGAAAAUACUAGCUCUAAUGAAGUGCUGUUCCAACGCACAAUUUCCAGGGUUUAUGAUGAUUGGACUCCAGAUAUUCAAAUUGAUGGACUAGCUGUCCAUGGGCACAGAAUUUUUGGUUUGCCUCCUUUAGAGCCAACUUAUUUUUGCAAAUGGGAUUUUGUCAUCGGCAGUGUGUUAAUUGAUAGUGAACCCAGAUUUUUGGACAGAUUAGUCAAUGCAUUGCAUUCCCUGGCAUUCGGUUAUAAAGAUGUUGAAAACAUGCUAAUAAUAGAUAUACCUGUGAUUCAUGAUGUACUCUGUCUUUCUUUGGAUUUGAAAUCCGUUGAUGUCAAAAUCAAAAACUCACUGGUUCUUCUCCAACUUUGUUUAAAAGAACUGAGUUUGACACUGAAUGAUUUAGCAAAUUCAAGAUACACAUCACGCGUGGAUCUAGAUAUUCCGAGAGUAACAGCUCGCUUGUUUGAUGUGGAAAAUGAUCGGAAAAUGAUAGCAGGGUUUGAAACAUUUUUGGUGCUUACGAACUUUUCAAGUAAACAAAACAGCGACGAAUUUCGAAGACUGCAAGCAGAGCACGUUACUUUACACGAUGGACCCACUCAUAGAAUGCCAUUCAUAAUUCCCAAAGAUUUGAGACAUGGUAUUUAUAAGCACGAAGAAGGCUCUAUCAAGCCCUCAUUUUCUUUACCAGAACUUCCAGUACCAUUGAACUAUUCUUCAAUAGAUAUAGCUCUUAGCGGACUUCCGGAAAGAGUUCAAGCUUCGAUUCAACAAGACGUUGACAAUAUUUCUUUUGCCAAUUCCAUGGAAAACAAUGAUGAUACACUAAGACUUACAACUGAUUACGAUGAGAAUGAUAUUAAUAUGGUCAAACGAUCCAACAACGGACUUGGUGAAUCUAAUAUAGUCGUGAAGUUUUCUAAGGUUUAUGCCUUUAGCUCUAUGGGUGGAUUUGCUUCACUUAUUUCACUAUUUGAAGACGUCAACUCCUUUACUCUUGAGAAUACUAUGGAUAAGCUGACUUUUGAUAUUGUCAGUAAUUUAUCUGAUUUUUCGCAGCCGCUUGCUGAAAAGCUCUGCUUCAAAGUCGUCCUCCCAGAAAUUCAUUUCAAACUUGGAGAGUUUAGUAUACCACCCGAUACACCUAUCCAAGAUAUAUUAGAGACCACACAGCCGCUAGAGAAUGCUAAGUUACUAGAUGUCAGAAUCGUGAACUCUUCAGUUACAUUUUCAACUGAAGAGAGAAGGCCCAUAGUAAACGAUAUUGCGGACAUACUAUUGGCGGAAAAGGAACUCCUUGCAGCCGUACAAGUCAAAAGCAUACAUGCUAAACUAGUGAACACCACUACCAACCAAGAUUCAUAUGAUAUGUUCUCCAUUUUACUUUCUGAAGUCAAUUUUUGGGCAAACUCUUCUGAAACUCGUUUUGGAGACAUUGGAUCUGUCGACAUCAAAGAUAUUGAAGUUGACCUAAGGCAAGAAGAAUUAGCUGAUGUUCUUGCUUGGGCACAAGAAGCCGACAGGCAUAUUCAUGACCUCAGUACGAAAUUAGAAACGCUUUCCAGCCUAAGAGAUGAAGCACUAGCGUAUUUGGUUUAUGCAACUUGCCAAGAAGAGGCCAUUUAUAAAGUACCCCACGACCCCUCCGUUAUUACUAAACCAACUCACAUUCUCCGGACAUCAACAAGUCAUAUCCGAGGUAACAUCAGUUGGAAGAUUGUUGCUAGGACCCGUCACGUUCUACAUCACCUUCCAAAAGAGUGGAGAAUACAAACGAAUAGGGACUUUGUGAACAAGAGCUGGAAAAGAGUUGACAAAAAUGAGGCUCACAACUUAGUCGUCAAUGCAUUCAAUAAUUGGAGAAGUUGGGAGUUUGAGAAUAUGGAUGAAUGCUAUUUUUUCAAGUAUGUCUUGCCUGAGUUUGACUUGAGUACAAACACCAACAGCGAUGACAAAACUUUUAACAAAAUCUUUACAGUCUCUCUUGGCAGAUUUUUAUUCAAACUGGGAGAUGACAUUAACGAUUCAACCACAGCUUUUUUCAAAGUCACCCAACUUGGCUUCGAGUUGGUGCGUAAAAAGGAGCCACUGACAGAUAAUUCUUUACUCCCCGUUCAGUUAGCAACAGAUUUCUUCCUGGACAUCCAAUGCUCGCUGAAAGUGGCACAUUUUAGUUCUAAGAUGACAAAGGAUUUGAAGGUCGUAAAAGAUGCAUUUGACAAUGUUUCUUUUACCAAGUACGAAAAAGUUUCGCACAAGCCCGUUGCUCCGGCUUUACCAACAGUUUUUAAUUUUGAUUUUCAAGCUACUGAGAUUUUGAGUACUUUCACUCUGCUGAAGUCUUCCUUAGUGCUAUCUGUUUCACAGACUGCAGGCUCUUGUUAUUUGAUACACGAAGAGGCAUCUUCCAUUAUUCCAAUCACAUUUAAUGCCUCCAUCAAGAAAGCAAGCUCAGUAGUCGUUUUUGACACUGAUGCUCACAUGCUAUCUGGUUCUCUCAAAGAUACCACUCUCAAUCUAUCCAGUAUAGGAACACUAGCUGAGGGUUUGAAAAAGGUUGACAUUUAUACAGAUCUGGUAUCAUUUAAAUCUUUGCAGGACCAACAAACAUGGAUCCUGGUUUUAACUUCACUCAAUGAGGAAAUACCUAUAAUUACAAGUUGGAUAUCUAAGGGACCAAAAAGUUCUGAGAACAGUAUGCUUGCAACUGAUAAGAACCCACUACCAUUUUUACCCUUCCCUUUGAUGGUAGUUUUCAACUCCCAUCUAAUAAGCAUAGACUUGGAAAUUCUUUCCGCUUUCAAAGUUGUUACUGAUGUUGAAAAGCUUGAAUUGGGUGUGGAAUGUAAUAAGGACUUAUCUUUUAUCAAUUUGGAAGUUUCUCGUUCCGGAUUGAAAGUUCUACAACGUGAAUUUCAAGAAAGAGGAUACGUGGAGCUCCUUCGGGGUUCAAUUGAUGUUUUCUCACUUGAUUCCAAGGCUUCGAUAAAUAAUGAAAACCAACCAUCACUUGACGUUAGUACUACUGUUGGCUCGUCCUACAUGAUUAUUCCAACUUUAAUUAAAGGGCUCAAGAACUUUGCCAAAACCUAUGAUCUAGUUAUAGGGAACAUAAAUGCAAUCUCAACUCUAAUAAAAUCACUAGUUGACAGCAAUAUUGACAAAGAGACAUCAUACUCGAAUGAAAAUGAUUUGCAAAAGGGUACCUCCGUUUGGUUGCUUGAUUUUGCUGCUUUACUCUCCAAUAUAAGUAUCAUCGUCAAAGAGCCGGACUCCAAUAUCAAAUUAAUUUUAGACGAAAUAAACUUUCAUUGUGCCAACUAUGACGAUGCUUUACCCGUGAUGAAGAUAAUUCCAUUCUUCGGAAUCGCUGACCUGUCAUCAAUCAUUCUUCGAAUGGAUUUUAAGAAUCCUAUCAAUAAGAACUUCAACAUUGUUAGUCUGGGCUUGCAAUUAAAAUUACUCCAUUUUGAAGAAGAAGACAACUUACAAAAUGUUCAGGUCAUAAGCACGUAUACUCGAGUCUUUUUGAAUUCGUUUUUGCUUUUAAAACUGGUGCAUUUCUAUGACAAGUUAUCUAAUGCAGUCUCGGAGCUUCCACGCAAGAAAUGUAUCGAAACUACCAAAAGUGCUCAACCUACAAUUGAUGAGACAAUAACGAACACUUUGGAGUCUUACUCAAUCCAUGUUCUGUUACACAACUUUUGCAUAGGAUGGAUAUAUGGAACAGAGAGGUUCCAGUAUCCAGGUAUCAUACUGGGGUACGAGAAAGCCUUUGUGAUAUUUCAUAAGGCCAUGGGAAAAAUCAGCUUCUUGGGUUUCUAUUUGUCUCUUGCCCAUGGUGCUACCCCUUCUGAUUUUUAUGCCUCUGGAAAUGAAUUUGAGUCGCCGAAUUGUGCCUCUUUACCUACGUUCAAGUUUGUGUAUAGCAUAGCUAAGGAUGGACCCGUUCGCAAUUUGCAUGCUCAAUUAUCUGGUGAACUGCUGAAGAUCAAGUUUGAAGCGGGGACUUUCUAUACGAUGGACCAUUUGAUUGAUUCCAUUAACUCUACAAAAGAGCUCUUGAAUCAGCGAGACAGAUUUACCAACAUCAAAAGUAACCCCGAACCAGGCUGCGGAAACAAUAAUUCAGUAAAAGGUAUCUCAUUUUUUUCCUCUAUCAAAUGUCUUUCGACAUUUGACGGUGCACAGAUCAUAAUCUCCUCAAAGAGCUAUUCACACCACAACAAUUUGCCCCUUCAAAUGGAUUUUCCAGCUGUCAAGAUUCUUACAGAUUAUGCUAAGCGCCUGACUACUACUGAAAGACCUCACUUGGUGAAUGUUCAUGUGGGGAUCUCAGGAUCAGACAAUUUGUUUGACGCUACGUCAACAUAUGUCAUAUUGGAAGUUUUCAAUGAAGUAAAAAGAAUUAUUAACAAACCCCAAUCACCAAAAACUCCGAAAAUGUCGGCAGAUGUUGCCAUAGGACCUGAGUCACAUCUGUUUACCACUCUUGAGCCUUUAUUUGCGGAUAUUGAGUUUAACUUUUGUCUUAGUUUAAAACCUCAGAAACUUUCUCUCUCAUGUGAACCUAAGGCAAAAGUUAAGAUGGUGAUUGCUCUGGACGAAGUGACGUUGUACUUGAACUCUAAUGAGAAUUUGGAUCAUUGUGUGAGUAGUUUGCUGCAAGUCACCAACAUCAAUGCGUAUUUGCAGCAUAUUUAUUCAAGAGAAACCAGUGGUUCUCUGCGAAUUUCGGAGCUUUUAUUAGACGGUAUCUAUGAAGCGCCGAAGAGUGGUAGAAAGAUGGCCGCAAUUGGGGACAUUUCAGCAAUUGACUUUUAUAUCAAUAUGAAACAGUUGCAAGAUAUUGACUUGUUCAAAGAUAUUUGGUUCCCCCGAGAAGCUUUCUCUAGCUCAAGCCCGUCAAAAGAGAAGAAAAACACUUUUGCUAGCCCGAAUAUAAGCAUGCUGAAUGCUUAUAGACGAGUAUCCCAGACAGUUGCAGUACAAUGGAUUUUUGCCCUCAUUCUCCGUAAAGUGACAUCCAAGGUUGAUCUGGGUAGGUCAUUAGGGCUGGUUACUUUAACUUUGGAAGACUUGGAUAUAUUGUCUCAAAGGCAAAUCAAUUGGGAUCAAAUGUUGAAGAUUUGUUUCAAGAGUAUCAAUUGUAGCACCGAAGGAAGAUUAGGGGGUGUUCUAUUCGUCGAUAAUGUCAAAUUCAACUCCAGUUUAUUCUGGGACGUAGCCGAAAUGAAAGAAAGGCUUACCGAGACGCCAUUUGUAUCCCUUUCAUUAGACAUGGAAGCUCUUCAGAUCAAAACAUCACUGGAUUAUCAUAACUUUUUCAUUGCUCAGUUGGCUUUACUUCGUUUAGAGGUAUUCAAUGAGAAGGGAGAUGAAUUGUCGCAGAGUUCAGUUGUUGGGAGAACUAGUCUUGGAUCAGUGGAUCUGUACCUGACUGUUUUGGCUGCCUCUAAUUUUAUGGAUAUUUACAGUAAUAUCCAAAGAAUGAGACACGAUAUCCGGUUUGCUUACACUGAGGUCCUUAACGAUUCAAAGCUACAGGCCGGUAGUGCUUCACGUAUGUCUUCAAUUGAGGUGUUAAACGACAGAAGAAAGAAGCAUAUGCAGGAAAAGUUGAUUGAUGCUAUGGACUUGCUACUGACUAAGCUAGAAGUGUCUUUGAAUAGUAUUGUGGUUCAUAUCUUUCCAGUCAGUUUACUGGAACCUGAGGUUCUCAUGGUCAAGUUCGACCAAAUCAAGGCAACCUUCGACCAAUCUUGCGGUGAUGCAUUGGUGAAUAGCUUGGAUCUUCAGUUGAACGGUGUGAGAAUUUCCUUAUCCACUGUACCUGGAGGAAAGGAAGAGGAAACUGUGCUAGAAACCAUCUCUAUCAGUGAAUAUAUUAAGAGAACCAAAGGAGCGUACGGUGGUACCAUUUUUGUUUUCCCAAGCGUUACGGUGAUGAUGAAGUCCUGGCAAGACCCAGAAACUAAAGUGGUUGAAUACAUUUACGAAUGCUACUUCUCUGGAAACGUCGACAUCAAGUGGAACCUUGGAACCAUCAAUUUCAUUAAAGAAAUGUGGACCACUCACGCUCGUGCAUUGUCCUCCAGACUGAAUAACAUUGGAAAACUCUCUGAAAUUGAAGAGAGCGCAGAUAGACGUAAUCUCUCUGUUCCUCAUACAAGACAGCCAUCUAUUCUGGAAACUGUGGACAUAGAAGAGAAAUCAACAUGGUUGCCACUGAGACUACUUUCGAAUACAUUGCCAAAAAGGAACCUAUCAUAG